CCAUAUUGUAGAGCAUUUAAGAAUUGUAUGAGCUUUGCUGCUUUCCAUCACUACACAAACUUUCUUCACAUGUAACAUUAGUCAACAGUUGUCAAUAAUUUUCAUAGAAGAAAAUUCUUCUGUGCGCUUGAAUUAUAAUCAUUUUACAGGAACACCGCAUUGUAUAGAGAUGAUUUCUGAUAAUUCUCCGCUCAGCAGUGAACACUCCGAAGAUGAUGCGUUGCCGUCAAAUUACCAUUGGCUCCGUUUCAAAUGGAUGUUUUGGAAAAAUUGCUGCAUGCACUGGAACACACGUUGGGAAUUUCUAUUUGCCUUACUUAUGCCGAGCAUAUGCAGUCUCAUAGCAGUUAUACUGCGCAUUAACAUACCCGCCGAACACCUCACAACCAUAAAUUACGGCGAUACGGAUAUAGAAAAAGCAUGGAGGGCCGUAAUUCGCGAAGUUGAUAAACGUAGAGUUAUUCUAGAAGACAGUUUCGAUAAUCCAGUACAUACUCCAUAUGUGCCACUCAUUACCAUCGCGUAUGCGCCGGAUUUCGAAGCAAUUAACAAUAUUAUGAAGCUCUCAUUUGAUAAGUUCGAAUUGGACAACGCAUACAUAACCUUUAAAACAUGCAAUGAGCUGCGCAAGAAGAUGAAAACUGAACACUACUUUGCUGGCGUUUGCUUUAAUGAGGCCGUAUUUAAUGUUGUGUCUGUCUCGAUAUUCAAAAUUGGCAUAUAUCCAAAUCGUUUGGAUUACAUUAUUCUAUUUCCCAGCGAGUUGCGCUUAUAUGACGAAUAUAUAGGCGAAACCUGGGACACAAGAACUGUAUAUCCGAAUUUAGGACAGCAAGAACGGAAAGGGGGUCCAAUACCUUAUAUAACGGAAGGUUUCAUUAUGAUACAGAAAACGAUCUCAGAAGCUUAUAUAAAUUUGACUUGUAAUACCACGAUUGAAGAGCCGAUUGUAUUAAGGAAAUUUCCGAAAGCAGAGCGUUAUUAUGAUCCACUUUCGGAAAUGUUGGAAAUGCGUUUGUCGUUAUUGAUAUCUAUGGCAUAUAUAACCACAAUAUUGUAUUUAUUACGAAUUUUGGUCAAUGAGCAGGAUAUCGGAUUAAAUGAUUUGCUAGCCACUUUAGAUGUGACCUAUUUUCUACAGUUUUAUAGCUGGUUUACCUUUUCCCUCAUUUCAUUAUCCAUUGGUUCGGCUGUCAUGAUUCUAAUAUUAAAAAUUCCUUGGAACAGUGGCUUCUGUGUGUUCAACAGAGUGUCUGCUACAUGCUUAUUUGCUCUUUUUACCACCUAUAAUAUAAAUACACUGAGCUACUGCUACAUGAUAUCACGACUGAUUCGAAACCGCGAUAUGGCCAUUUGUGCAGCGCCUAUUUUCUGGAUCGCCCUAUACUUACCAUUUUCCAUCGGUGUCGAUUUAUUCCCCUCUUACCAUCCGUAUGUUUGUUUUUUUGGCAAUACAGCCCUUGCGCUAGCAUUACAGCAUAUAUUUCAACUACAAUAUCAUGAAGGCGUUAGUUGGAAUAAUUUUUUUAAAACUCACUGGUCCACGCCGCACCAUGCUGUCGGCACCUAUGGAAUAAUAAUAUGCGGUACAAGCAUAAUGCAGGCGUUACUUGGUAUAUGUGCACCGGUUAUAAGACGCAUGUGCACCAAAUUGAUAAAAGCAUUUAAUCCGCGUAAGAAAAAGGAGCGUGCUCGUAUUAGUUCUGAAAAUAACCGUUAUUCGAAAACAAUCAUAUUAGAGGUUAGAGCAAAUUUCAAGCCACCAGCUGUAGAAGUAUUGGCACUGACUGUACAACGUGGUAACAAAUUAGUGCUCGAUGAAGUUUCAUUCAAUUUGUAUGAGGACGAAAUCACUAUGUUGAUGGGUCAUAACGGUAGCGGCAAAACGACACUACUACAAGUUAUUGCCGGUCUUAAGCUGCCCACUUCUGGUAAAAUAGUUAUUAAAGAUAGCAGUGGAAAUGGAGAAUUUGGGAAUUCGCGUGAUUUUGUUGGUGUAUGUUUCAGCGAUUCGCUGCUCUUUCGUAAUUUGUAUGUUGUUCAUCAACUGCUUUUAUUCGGCAAGUUAAAGGGUUUAAAUUCGGCUGAUCUCAAAAAAGAGACCACUAAAUAUUUAGAAGCAUUGGAGCUAGACAAAUAUCGCUACACACUCACUGAAAACCUAACAUGUGGCCAACGCACGAAGUUAGCGGUUUCGUGUGCGCUUAUUGGUGGCAGUAAGGUCGUUCUGCUGGACGACAUUGUGCUGAAAUUAGACGUGCGUGACUAUAAACUUAUUUGGAAGUUGUUGGAACGUGAGAAAUUCGGACGUGUUAUAUUCGUAUCGACAAAUUUAAGUCGUGAACCGGAGUUACAUGCUGAUAAUAUUAUUAUGUUGGCUCAAGGACGAUUGAAAUGUGCUGGAACUGCUCAGUUUCUAAAGUCCAUGUAUUGCUUUGGAUGUCAUUUGCUCAUAUCGAAAUCUGAGAACUGUAAGUCCGAAGAAAUAACAAAACUGUUGAGCAAUUUUUUAGAAGAUAUUGUAGUAGCUUGCGAUCUUAUAUUGGAAUUAUCAUAUCACAUCGAAUCCACCAAUGUGGAAAUUCUCGAGUCGCUUCUUAAUGCGUUGGAAAAAGACAAAGAUAGACUGGGCAUUGUCAACAUAACGAUAAUUGAAACGCGCAUUGAGGAGCUCUUUUGUAAGCUCGGUGCAGAGCGACCCGCUUAUGAUGAUCGCAAACGCUACUUCCGCAUCUUCAAUGGAUUAAGCAUUACCGAGGACACAGCCGACGACACCUUGUUUAUGAAAGCGAAUAUAGAACAUCAUAUGAGUACAUUUGAAAAAUACUUUAAUCACUGGCGAGCCAUGUUUUACAAGUUUUUCAUUAUACAAAAUUCUUACGCACCUUAUUUACCGUUGUUCAUGCUUAUGCCAUUAAUGACAAUCAUACUAUGUAUAAUCGGUAUAGUGCCCGUAAUCGAAAAUAUGCCAGUUAGAGUGUGUGACAUUAACGAUUACAAAGAUGCCGUAACUCUAAUUAACUAUCCACAAAAGACGAACUUAGAAAUGAUUUCAUUUGCAGAAACAUUUCACAAAUAUAUGUAUUGGCGAAAUAGUAAUAUUAAAGUUUUAUAUAUCAAAAAUCAACUAAUCGGUGAAUAUAUAUUAUCGCAACAGCGUCAGCAACCCUAUAAUUAUUUGGAUGAAAAGGUAAUACUUGCAUUGUCCAUGACGCGACAGGUGGUUGGUUGGUACAAUGGUUAUUUGCCCAGUGUGCCAUCGCUCGUUCUAAAUCUUAUACACAAUGCAUUUCUCUGGCAAUUGCGUAAUACGACUGAUGCCAAGAUCAAUGUAUACCUGGAGUUGUUACCUAUUGAAGAAGAUAUUGAUGUUAAGGAAAUAUCUAAAAUGACAUUUAACAUGGGCAGCAUAAUGGCUUUGCAGUUGUCCUUUAUCAUAUGUUACAUAAUAUCUGUAAGAAUAAUUGCUUUGAUUUCGGAGCGUACAAGCGGUUUUGAGGAUUUGCAGCGAUUGGCCGGUUUGAACGGCCUCAACUAUUGGACCAGCAUGUUUUGUUUUGAUAUGAUCAAGACAUUUGUUGUUGUGGCAGGUUUUACCAUUGUAGCGUGGGGAUUAUUAUCCUCAGCUUACAUAACGGCGGAUGUUUUACGCUGGGCUUUUUUUUUACUACUGUCGACGAGCGCUGCCUUAACUGCGACCAACUACAUACUCAGCUGUUUCUUUUUCAAAAGCAGCUACGGUGGUUUUUUGAAAAUUACAGCAUUACAGGCGCUUGGUGCAAUCUUCUAUGUGCUAUUCUCUAGAAAUUUUAAAACUUAUAUCAACACUAUCAUGUUUAUACCUCGCUUAUUUCCAUUGUAUUCAUUCUGUAGAGGAAUCGAAAAUUUGUAUGACUAUAAUAUUCAAUUGCAAUUGUGUGAAAAUGAGGACAUCAAAUUCGCCGCAGUGUCUUUCGAACACUGUCAAAUGGAACCAAAUUGCUGUGAAACACCCUCAAUUUCGGUACGCGAGGAUAUGUUCUACUUAUGGUUAAUUAUCGUUGGGGGAGCGAUUGGCUUAAUAAUUUACGAAUACCGAGAUGUUUUUAAACCCUCCACACCAUUUGACAAUUACGAUCGUGCAUUAGACGAAUACAAGCGACGACACGCUAGUGACUCUUACAUGGUAGAUAACGUCACAGCCGAAGUCAUACACGUGCAGUCAUUGAGACCGCGUAUGCGUCACUAUUAUACGGUUAUUUGUGAAAAUUUGGGCUUAUUUCGAAAAGGUGAACUUUUGGUGGACCGUCUAUCUUUCACUAUCAAACCCGGUGAAAAGUUCGGUAUCAUCGGCACUAACUGUAACUAUACGAAUGCUUUGCUGCGUCUAAUUGCUGGUCAGGAUAAACCAAGUUUUGGCCGUGUUUGCAUCAAUGCCGUGCAAAUGACGGAAGACAGUAAAAAAGCACUGGCCAAUAUCGGUUAUGUGCCCACCGUUAGUUGUGUACAUACGCAGAUGACUUGCUAUCAGGUUUUGAAAAUGUUCUGUACACUAUAUGGCUAUCCGCAGCAUCAAAUCCAUGAUAUUGUUGAUGAUUUCGCAAAACAUUUCGGCUUAGACUCACACUAUCAUACACGUUUGUCACAGUGUAGUUCGGGUAUAAGAGAGAGAAUUUCCUAUUCCAUAGCGAUCUUAAAGAAGCCCGCACUCUUGUGUAUCGGAAAUUUCAGUUGGACUGUGGAUCCGCAUGGUAGACGUCAGCUUUAUCGCCUAAUCGAUGGCCUGCGUAAACGUGGUACAGCCAUAGCAAUUACAUCCGUUAUGAAUUCUUAUACCGAGAUAUUGUGCACAAAAAUUGCGGUCAUGCAUGAGGGACGUUUUCUGCAUAUCGGGGAACCACAAAAGAUAGCGCAUGCAAUUGCUGCAGGUUAUUCGAUUUCGAUGCGCAUGAAGAAAACGGUUCAAACACCGGGAGGUGUCACAUCGAAGGUCUACUUCCGCUUAACAGCUUUUAUGGAGAAAACAUUUCCCAGCUCCAAAUUGAUUCAAGAGGGCACUAUUAUGAAAUACUAUAUACCUUAUCAGAGCACCACAUUGGGCACUUUGUUUAAAAUUUUGCGUGUGAAUUCAUUUCAGCUGAACAUCGAUAGUCUUACAAUCACUAGAAUUAAUAUGAAUUAUAUAUUCGAGCUGAUAGCCGAGGAUGCGCGAAAGUCGAAGAGCUUAUAAAAACACUAAAAUAUCUACAAAUAUAGUCGAUAUAGGCAACUCAUUGUAAACUUGUUACGUUCGUUUGGUUUUUUUUUUUAAAUGAAUUAUAAUUGAAUUAUUGUUUUGAAUGUUUUCAAAAUCAAAUAUAACUUCUUAAUUUCAGUUUAA